GCGGGUCGGUAUCCGGAAUCCAGCGCUUCCAGGUGGGGGAGUCCACGUGGGAGGAAUCUGGCCUUCCCUGAGUGGAGGAAAUGACCAAAUUCCAGGAGACAUGAAUGAAAAUUCUGUGGAGAAUCUUCAAAGAGAAAGAACUUCAAGAUCUCUUACAUGAGCUUUCCUGCUGGCUAAUUUUGGAAGAGAUGGCCAAUAUAAUAACUGGGAGUCAGGAUUAUAUUGUGAAUCUUCAAGGGGAAGUGCAUAAAGACCCUGAACUAGAUUUUUCCCCUUGUCAAAAGUGGGGAGAAUCAUCUCAUAUUUCCAGAAACAAGAACAUUGUGGUGACUCUUCAAAGUGAUGAUUUCAAAAAUAAUGAAAGUGAAAACUACUUGUCUUUGAAAGUCCCAAGCCAAGUAAUGACACAAGACUCUUCAGUGACGUUCUGUAAGAAUGAGCCUCAGGAUCCUCAGGAAAGCAAAGGUCUCUUUGUAAGUAGAGAAGGCACUGAGAGAAAAGUGAUAAGUGGGGGAAGUCCUCUCACAGACCAUUGUUCAGACAACCUUCAGGUUAAACUUGUGUCUGAUGUAAUGGAACUGGUCUCGCCGGUGCUCAGUGGCAAGGCAACUUGCCAGAAUGGCCAGUCGAAAGAAUCGUUGGAUCCCUUUGACUGUAACUGCAGAGACGUUUAUGGAUGGAAAUCACGGCUGGUCACUUGUAGUCAUCGGAGAGCUCAGACAGAGGAGAAACUCUGUAACCAUAAUGACUGUGGGAAAACAUGUAAUACCAGCCCAGAUGUUCAUCCACAUGAGAAUAUCCACACUGCAGAGAAACUAUACAAAUGCGAUCAGUGUGGGAAGGGCUUCAGUCAAAGCUCAGAACUACUACUUCAUCAGAGAGACCACACAGAAGAAAAACCCUACAGAUGUGAGCAGUGUGGGAAGGGCUUCACGAGGAGCUCGAGUCUGCUCAUCCAUCAAGCAGUUCACAUGGAUGAGAAACCAUAUAAGUGUGACAAAUGUGGGAAGGGCUUCACCAGGAGCUCAAGUCUGCUCAUUCAUCAUGCGGUUCACACAGGUGAGAAACCGUAUAAAUGUGACAAGUGUGGAAAAGGCUUUAGUCAGAGCUCCAAACUGCACAUCCAUCAGCGAGUCCACACUGGAGAGAAGCCCUAUGAGUGUGGGGAGUGCGGUAUGAGCUUCAGUCAGCGCUCAAAUCUACACAUCCACCAGCGAGUCCACACAGGAGAGAGGCCCUACAAGUGUGGAGAGUGCGGGAAGGGCUUCAGUCAGAGCUCGAACCUUCACAUUCACCGGUGCAUCCACACAGGAGAGAAGCCUUACCAAUGCUAUGAGUGUGGGAAGGGCUUCAGCCAGAGCUCGGAUCUUCGCAUCCAUCUCCGAGUCCACACUGGAGAGAAGCCCUAUCACUGCGGCAAGUGUGGUAAGGGAUUUAGCCAGAGUUCCAAACUCCUUAUCCACCAGAGAGUGCAUACUGGGGAGAAGCCCUAUGAGUGCAGCAAAUGUGGAAAGGGCUUCAGCCAGAGCUCCAACCUUCAUAUCCACCAGCGGGUUCACAGGAAAGAUCCCUGUUAAGUGACCUGAGCCCACUCAGGUCUUCAAAGUGCUCCUACUAUAAAGACUUAAAUAUUUUUAAGAUCACCCUUACCUUUAUGGUCUACAAAGAACAGAUAAUAGUUAUUCAGAUAUGUUCUCUCAUUGAAAAAGUAUUCAUCCUUUUAAAAGUAUUUAAGUACCAAGCACUUUGUUAUGCUAUACAAUGAAUGGAUUAUUCUGGUUCCUCAGAUGGGUAGAGUGAAAACAUCUGUACUUUGCAAUUCAGCUGGUGUUACUGGAACUACAUGUCCUACCCAGCAUUGUCAACUGCAGUAACUUUAUAUUUGUCUAAGCAGGACGUGUUUGCCUUCAUUCACAUUCUCUGAGAAAUUAGAACUCUGGUUUCUCUUCAAA